GAAUCCCAUGCGUGAGUUGAGGUUAAGAUUGGUUUAUUUACGUUUGAAAUAUGAGCGAGGAAGCUGUUGUCGUUCCCGCUGAAGAUGUUCGCAAAGAGGAGGAAGAUCCUUUUGCGUACCUGGAGAGGGACGAGUUCACCUCCGAAAAGUUUAAAAUCGAGAUAAAAAAUUUGCCCAGGUAUUAUGGAAUUCAGGAGCUGCGCAAGCUGCUGAACGAGACGCUGAAGCUGAACUCGUCCAAGUUGAAGACGCCGAAGAGAAAUUCCACUUUUGCAUUCGUCUGCUUUCGAAACGAUGAGGAUAGAUGUAAGGCAAUAGAAGUCUUGACUGCGUACAAAUGGAAGGGAGCUGAAUUGUCAGCAAUUAAUGCUAAACCUGCUCCGGAUCCGUUGGUGAAGAAGCGCAGGGAUGAGAAUUUCAAGAAUAAGGGUAACAAUAAGAAGGCUAAAGUCGAUGAUGAUAGAAGCGUCGAGGAUAAAUUGAAGGAUUCGACUACACCCUUUUGGAAUUUGCCUUACGAAGAGCAGUUAGCAAAGAAACAGGAGGAUAUUAAAGGGAUUCUGAAGAAGAUUGGCAGUGAUCUGUCGUAUCAGAAUCGCGAGUUGAGCGAUUGGCUGAACAAGCAGAAGCAGUUGCACGAUGGAUUACCUUGCGAGUUGCUCGAAAUCAGACACGCCAAAACUAUUGAUGGGUACAGAAAUAAAUGCGAAUUCAGCGUGGGCAUGAACGAGGAGACUGGAGAGAAAACCGUCGGUUUCAGAAUUGGAAGUUACGUGAAUGGAAUCACCGGCGUUGGACCGAUAGAAAACCUGAAACACAUUCCGGAUUCGAUGAAGCUGGCUGCAAGGUUGUUCGAGAAAUUCGUUCGUGAUUCGGAUUUGGAUGUGUUCAAUCCGGAAAAUCAGACCGGUCAAUUCAGACAGCUGAUGGCUAGAUCCGCCAAAGAUCAGCUGAUGCUCGUCGUCGGCGUCAGCCCGAAAGAUGUGUCGGUGGAGAGGGUGGAUCAGCUGAAGAAGGAUUUGAUCGAAUUCUUCACAACUGGUGAAGGAAAAGAAGCCAAAGUCACGUCGCUCUAUUAUCAACCGCUGCUGAAGAGGACAUCAAACGAGGAUAGAUCUUCGAAGCCGCAGCAUUUGCACGGCGAUACGCACAUCCACGAAACUCUUCUCGGUUUGAAAUUCCGCGUAUCACCGGAGGCUUUCUUCCAAGUGAACACCGAAGCCGCUGAAGUGCUGUACGAAUCGGCGAUAGAAUUGGCCGGCGCUACGGAGAAGAGCACCGUCGUGGAUAUCUGCUGCGGCACUGGAACCAUCGGAUUGUGUUUCGCAAAAACUUGCAAUCAAGUUCUCGGCUUGGAGAUCAUCCCCGAAGCUAUCGAGGACGCCAAGCAGAACGCAAUUAUAAAUAACAUCGAGAACUCGGAGUUUUUCGCUGGUAAAGCUGAGGAGCUUCUGUAUUCGGUGUUCAUGAGGAGCAAAAACGAGAAUAUCGUAGCCAUCGUUGAUCCACCUAGAGCCGGAUUACAUAACAAGGCUAUAAAUUCGUUAAGGAAAUUGAGGAAAAUGGAGAAGCUCGUGUACAUCUCGUGCAAUCCGAGGCAGGCGAUGAAGAAUUUCAUCGAUUUCGGAAAGGCCGAAUCGAAGACGAUGCACGGAGAGCCGUUCGUGCCGGUGAGGGCCGUCGCCGUCGACCUGUUUCCGCACACGCCGCACUGCGAACUCAUCAUAUUCUUUCAGCGAUUCAACACUCUCGAGGAGACAGCUAAAGCCGUCGAUGAUGCAGUCUGCUGACGCGUUUCGUCGUUAGGUCAGGUGAUCAUUAUUUUAAUACAAACUUAUAUAUUACAACAAUUACAAUAAUGUUGACGAAACAAUCUGCGAAAUGUAUAUUGUUUUCGAAGAAAGAAAAAAAAUAUAUAUUUACUACAUUUUA